AUGGGUAGGCCGAUUCCGCGGAACCUCCAGGCUGCCCACGACAAGAAGUGGAUCCCCAAGGAGGCCGAACCGCGAUGCCACCGCGAAAAGUAUCGAGCACUGCUCGACGCCGGCUGGACCAUCCUGCACAGCGGCAAAAAGAGCGACUUUCGCGUCGGCUACUACGCGCCAAGCGGUGUCGGCUUCGACUCCGUGCCCAAGGCGUGGGCAGCGCACGAGGCUGGCAAGACGGACAAGGGCGUGAUCCGCGAGUACGUUUCGCAGGCGGGCUUGGCGGCCGUCCGCACGCCGCUCAACGCGGCCGCGAUCGAUGCGGGCGAGCUCAAGGAGCGGGCGUCGAUGGCGGGCUUGGCGGCCGUCCGCACGCCGCUCAACGCGGCCGCGAUCGAUGCGGGCGAGCUCAAGGAGCGGGCGUCGAGAGCGGGCUUGGCGGCCGUCCGCACGUCGCUCAACGCGGCCGCGAUCGAUGCGGGCGAGCUCAAGGAGCGGGCGUCGACCGCGGGCACGGUGGCCGUCCGCACGUCGCUCAACGCGGCCGCGAUCGAUGCGGGCGACCUCAAGGAGCGGGCGUCGAGAGCGGGCUUGGCGGCCGUCCGCACGUCGCUCAACGCGGCCGCGAUCGAUGCGGGCGAGCUCAAGGAGCGGGCGUCGACCGCGGGCACGGCGGCCGUCCGCACGUCGCUCAACGCGGCCGCGAUCGAUGCGGGCGACCUCAAGGAGGUGGCGUCGAGGGCGGGCAAGCGGCCGUCACAGGCGGGCAAGUGCAACCCCGCAAACCAGCGCAGGUCGUGGGCGGCGGCCGCCGCGCGAGGCACCGGCGAGACGCAGGACGGCCUCUCGCCGCAGGAGCGAGAGGACAUGGCGCAGCAGGUUGCGGGCGAGGUCAACGCCGUCGCGAUCGCCGCGCUCGAUCACAGCGGGAGCACCUCCGUCUACGUCGCCGUCGGCAGCCACCGCCGCAUGGUGACCAACCUGCAGGAGGCCAAAAAAAAGGGGUGGAAGUGCCUCGGCGGCUGUGAGGUUCUCGCCUCCCUGCUCCGCUCCACCCCGGUCGCUUUCGUCCUCGAUGAGAAGGGCCACGCGCAGCGCUUCUGCACCGCAAGCCUGCGGAAGCACCUGAAGGCGGGCAACAUCGAGGUCUUCGUGAGCGAGGAGUGCAUGCAUGCCGCGUCGACCGCCAAGCGGUCGGAGGUGCUCUCCCACACGGAGCUGAUGCAGCAGUACCCGCACCCGCGCACCCUCAUGUCGGGCAUCUCCAAGGGCGGGCCGCAGCAGGGCCAGGCCUGCGGCCACGCGCUCGGCGUGCUGAUGAUGCACUGCAUGGGCGAGCACUUCGUCGCGCCGCAGGUCGACACGUACGUCCUCGAGAUCCAAGCCAGCCCGGCCUACCGCGAGCGGAAGGACGAGCUGGGCAGCACCUGGCAGGAGCACGCGCAGCAGCAGGCGUCGUCGUCGUCCGCGCCGCUCGUGCUGCCGCCGUGGUCGCGCGCCUUCACCUGCAAGCUCGAGAACCCUCAGCGGAAGGGGCACUGGCACAACAAGUACUGGACCGCCUCCUUCGAGCCGGAGAACGCGGUGCUCGUUUUCACGUGGGGCCCGCGCGGCGAGUCGCACACGAACGUCCUCCGCCUCCAGUUUGGCGGGCAGCACGCCGCGCUCGCGAACGAGCUCGGCACCCGGCGGUGCACGAGCAAGCUGACGGGCAGCCGGAGCCGCAAGACAGGCAAGCUCACCAAGGCGCCGUACACCGAGCUCGCGCCCGGCGAGGUGCUCGGCAGCGGCGGCGGCGGCGGCGGCGGCGGCGGCGGCGGCACACGCUCCUCGCGCAAGCGCUCCGCGCCGUCGCCAGCCGGCGCCGACGAGCCCGUCGCCAUGGACGCCUCGGAGCCCGCGGCGCGGCCGCAGCGCAGGGCGGCCGUCGAGUCGUUGGUGCGGCUCAAGCAGAUGAUGUACGCUGAGCGCGACGUCCCGUUCGAGGAGGACAGCGACGUCCCGUUCGAGGAGGACAGCGACGACGAGGACAGCGACCACGAGGAGGACGGCGACAUGGACUGA